UUCGGCCUUUCCGGAAAGGACGGUCUCGGUGUGCGGACUCGGCCGCCGUUCUAGGCCCCCACCGGAGUUCCACGUCCUGCUCCAAGCCGAGCCGAGCCGGUGGCGGUGGCGACGCGGCGGGCGGCGACCUCAGAGGGCGCAGCGGCGGCUGGCUGGGGUGCGGAGCCUGACGGGCGGCAGCCGCGGUGCGCAGGCCGUGACGGCCCCUCCCCCGCCCUGAGCGCAGCAGCCGAGGAGGAGGACGGCGCGGGCCCGCCGCGGGGGAAGCGGUCGCCUAACUGCCUCAGGUGAUGAGUCACCGGCUUUACCGUCAGAUUUGAGGUCCGCGGCGCUGCGUGGUCCUGCGGCGGGGCGGGCGGCCGGGUGCUCGGAGCGGUGCUGCGGUGACGACCGCUUGCCCUUGGUUCGGCGGCCCCGAGUGAGCGGCGGCGGCGGCGGCAGCGGCGGCGCGUUCUCUUUGUAACGUCUGCGGCCUGCAGCGAGCGCAGCAGGGCUUUCCCCAUGAAGGUGUCUCUCGGGAACGGCGAGAUGGGCGUCUCUGCCCACCUGCAGCCUUGCAAGGCGGGCACCACGCGCUUUUUCACCAGCAAUACGCACAGCUCUGUUGUGUUGCAAGGCUUUGAUCAGCUCCGCAUAGAGGGCCUGCUUUGUGACGUGACUCUGGUGCCUGGUGAUGGCGAUGAAAUCUUCCCGGUUCAUCGAGCCAUGAUGGCGUCUGCUAGCGAUUAUUUCAAGGCCAUGUUCACCGGUGGAAUGAAAGAGCAAGAUUUAAUGUGCAUUAAACUUCACGGGGUGAACAAGAUCGGCCUGAAGAAAAUCAUUGAUUUUAUUUAUACUGCAAAGCUGUCUCUUAACAUGGACAAUCUUCAGGACACCCUUGAAGCUGCCAGCUUUCUACAAAUCUUACCGGUUUUGGACUUUUGCAAAGUAUUUCUUAUAUCAGGCGUCUCUUUAGAUAACUGUGUUGAGGUUGGUCGGAUUGCUAACACCUACAAUCUUAUAGAAGUGGAUAAAUAUGUAAAUAAUUUCAUCCUGAAGAACUUUCCUGCAUUGUUGAGUACCGGGGAGUUUCUAAAACUCCCCUUCGAACGGCUUGCCUUUGUGCUUUCCAGCAAUAGCCUCAAGCACUGUUCCGAACUUGAACUCUUUAAGGCAGCCUGCCGCUGGCUGAGGCUGGAAGACCCUCGGAUGGACUAUGCAGCAAAAUUAAUGAAGAAUAUUCGAUUUCCACUGAUGACACCACAGGACCUCAUCAACUAUGUGCAGACAGUAGAUUUUAUGAGAACGGACAAUACCUGUGUGAAUUUACUUUUGGAAGCAAGCAAUUAUCAAAUGAUGCCAUAUAUGCAGCCAGUGAUGCAGUCGGACAGAACUGCCAUUCGCUCUGACUCUACUCACUUGGUUACGUUAGGAGGAGUUUUGAGGCAACAGCUAGUUGUCAGUAAAGAAUUACGGAUGUAUGAUGAAAGGGCACAGGAGUGGAAAUCCUUAGCCCCCAUGGAUGCUCCUCGAUACCAACAUGGCAUUGCCGUUAUUGGAAAUUUCCUGUAUGUAGUUGGCGGUCAGAGUAAUUAUGAUACAAAAGGAAAAACUGCUGUUGAUACAGUUUUCAGAUUUGACCCUCGGUAUAAUAAGUGGAUGCAGGUGGCAUCAUUAAAUGAAAAGCGCACAUUCUUUCACCUGAGUGCCCUCAAAGGACAUUUAUAUGCAGUUGGUGGGCGCAGUGCAGCUGGAGAACUGGCCACAGUAGAAUGUUACAACCCAAGAAUGAAUGAAUGGAGCUAUGUUGCAAAAAUGAGUGAACCCCACUAUGGCCAUGCUGGAACAGUAUAUGGGGGUUUAAUGUAUAUUUCAGGAGGAAUUACCCAUGACACUUUCCAAAAUGAGCUCAUGUGUUUUGACCCAGAUACAGACAAAUGGACACAGAAGGCUCCCAUGACUACAGUCCGAGGUCUGCAUUGCAUGUGUACAGUUGGAGACAAGCUGUAUGUCAUUGGUGGCAACCACUUCAGAGGAACAAGUGAUUAUGAUGAUGUUCUAAGCUGUGAAUACUAUUCGCCAACUCUUGACCAGUGGACUCCAAUUGCUGCUAUGCUAAGAGGUCAGAGUGAUGUUGGGGUUGCUGUCUUUGAAAACAAAAUCUAUGUUGUUGGUGGAUAUUCUUGGAAUAACCGUUGCAUGGUAGAAAUUGUUCAGAAAUAUGACCCAGAAAAAGAUGAAUGGCAUAAAGUUUUUGAUCUUCCAGAGUCACUUGGUGGCAUUCGGGCUUGUACUCUCACAGUUUUUCCACCUGAAGAAAACCCUGGGUCACCUUCUAGAGAGUCUCCUCUUUCAGCACCUUCAGAUCAUUCUUAGAUCCAAGGUGUAAUACCUUUUCAGUGGAUCAUGGAUGAUCUCAUACUUCCCCUUUAAUUGUCUCUUAUUACUGCAGUUAAUAGACAAAAAGGUAACUUAGGUUUUUUGUUUUGCUUAGUAUGUUUAUUAGAUGGCUAAUAAGUGCAUUCUGAAAAUGUAUUAAAUAUAUUCAGCUGUUUUAACAAGUGAAAAAGAUACAUAAAAAAUUAGAUGUUUUGUGGUUUUUACGUAAGUCAAAUUGUAGGUGAUCAUAGUGAAUGUGUAAUUAUGUGUAUUAUGCUACAAAGUUGAAAGUUUUGAUUUGACUGAAACAUCAAAUGGAGGCCCUCUGUUAUGAACUUAAAUUGAUUGCCAAGGUACAGCUACCUCCCUCGUGGGUAGUUUUUGAGAAUUUGUUAACUAGGCUGUGUGAUAACUCUUAGAGUAUAUGAAGUUUCUUAGGUAGAGGAAAUAGUAAAAGUAUUAACUAGAAGAAACAGUAAGUCAGGAUUUGUUCCUAUCUUACUGGAGAAAAAGCUUUUUUAAAGUGUGUACACAAGACAUACAUGCUCACAUAAAAAUUCAUGUGUACAUACGUAUAAACUUUUAGAAUUGAUAGAAACUUCAACUGUAGUGAAAAUGAGCUAAUGUUUUCUUCCAGAAAGCAGCUAAUUAUUUCAAUGAAAAUUCAGUUAGUGUCUAAAGUCUUGAGCAAAACUUAGAUAGUUAAGGGCUACAACAAAUUAAAUUUGCAGCCAAAUUUGUCAUUUAGUGGGAUUGUUUCUUUAAAUGAAAUUUAAUUAGUUUUUCUGUAUAAUCUGUAGUUACAUGUAUGUAGAUUAUUUAGCAAAAGUCAAGUUUUGGAGAAUUGUUUUUUCUCAUUAACUUCUUUUUCCUGUGAAAUCCAGCAGUCUUUAAAAGAGGCAAGGAAACAUUCUUAACAAAGCUAUAGGAUUUGAAGUUCAGCCUCCCAGCUUUGUCACUCUGAUAUAUUUAUUGUGUGAUUUGGAGUGAUUUCUGGUGCUGCUGUAGCUGAGAAGCAUCCUGAGCUAUGUGAGCUGCCUCAAGGCUGUGAUCUGAGCAAACAGAUAGACCCUGUUCUGCAUCAAGUCAGAAAUAGGCCUUUUCAGCUUUGACCCAAGGACAGGACCAACUUCAGAUUCCCUAACAAGCCAGCUGGUUUCUUUAAGGCAGUGCUAAAGUAGACCUUCCGUCUUCAACACUGGGAAUACUUUCUGGCUAAGAAUUUCAUGGGGAGAUCCUAAAGGGACAAAUGGAAUUAUAGUGGUCCUUGGUAAUGAGUGAUACUGAAUAUAUGCUUUCCUGGAAAAGUAGUUCAACUGAAGGAAAAAAAAUGUGCAUUCAUGUAUGUGCAUAUGGCUAGCCCUGGGAGAGUGACAGUGUAAAUCAGGAGCAAUACCAUUGACAGUCCCUUAAUGUAAUUCAGACCAAGGAAGAGGAUUUGGCUUCUGGCAUCUGAACUUUACUUACUGCCCAUACACGUGUUGAUUUAUUUUAAUGCUCUUUAUGAUUUUUGCAUUAACAGAAAUUUUCAUACUUGCUAUAUGUUUUUUUAAUGACUCCAUUUUUUAUUACUUAGACAUAGUUGAAUACUUUUAGAAGUUAAGGUAAAAAUUGCUACUAACUUUGUGUAUUGAAUAAACAAGAAAUAGCAUCCCAA